AUGUCCAAACACACCAGAUUCAAUGAUGAUGAACCUGCCCCAAAGAGGCUCAGGAUUGAUGAAGGGAGGAACCUGACAGUACUGGCAUUGUGUGAUACACAUGCAUGGGAGAUUCUGAAGCAGUUCCUCACCAGUGACAUGACGAUGGCACAAAUGGAUGACGCACUGAUUGUGUACCUCAGUGAUCAAUACUCUGCAGAUGAUUGGGGACAACCCAAAGCUUCUGAAGAUGGGGAAGGGGAUGAGGUUGGGCAGUCUGAGCAGUUGCAAAAGGUCACACACUUGCCAGAAACAUCAGUGAAAGAUAAGUUGGCGAAAAAAUUCGAUAACUUGGCCAAUAGGAUUGAAGAGAAUUCUACCAACUCAUCACAAGGUUGCCAUGCUCUCACUUCCAGAGCUGCCUUGAUCUCCAGCAUGAUCCCAUUGGUCUCACAUAAAAUUUCAGCACCUGAGACCAGGAUGUAUUUACUUCAUAUUCAAAGAACUGUGACUGAAUUCAUCGCUGAACACCUUCGGGGCCAGAGAUUUUCCAUUACCAUAUCAGCUUGGAUAGCAGGCCAACUCUACAUGGUUGCAGAUAGCCCCAAAACCAUUGCUGAAUCACUUCCUACCUCACAUUGUUUUGCCUUGAAACAAUGUCUUUGCAUCACAGAGGCAGAAUGUGAAGCUGUCGAAGGUUCACUGUCCCAACUUCCUAGCCCUGUGUGGCACUGCUUGAUCAAUCACACCUUCCAGCUAACAAAAUCUGGAUGGGACAAGCCCUUCCUGAAGAAGGCUGUGGUGGCGUUUUCAAUGCAAUUUUUGCACGCGGGCAAUUGGGCCAGAGUCAUCAAAGACUCACUUCAUGGAGAGCUCAGUAGGCUGCCAAUGCAACAACAUCUCAAGCCCCCCUCUGACUUCAACUCCAAUGAAAUUGGGGACUACAUAGAAGUUCUGGAUGGUGAGCACAUGGGGAAAUGCAGUGUCAUGAACUGGUAUUAUAAGGGAGCAACCAAUCUGUGGUUCUGGGAUAUCUUAGAUGACAAGAGAGAGUGCAGUGAUGGACUGUGGAGCAUUUCAGUUCCUGUAGCAAUGGUUCAGCAGACAAACCUUGCCCAGACAAUCCAGUACACAAAGGACAGGGGUUAUGACAUCAGGCUUGGAGAUGUCAUGAUUGUACUCUGUGGACUGGAGUAUCAGAUGAAAGGGGUCAUGCACAAUGUCAACUUUCCAAACACCUGUUUGACCAUACUAUCUGAUGGUGAUCAAUCACUUGUCAAAGUUCCAAUCAGAUUUGUGACCAAGAUAUGCAAUGCCUUCUUGGAUUCUUUCAAGAAGGGUAUCAGCCGUGAAGUUUUUGUUAUCAGGGGUGACCGAAAGGGCUGCCGAGCCACGCUCUACAGUCUCUCCCUUGAGACAUGUACCAUUGCUGUGCAUGGGCAGCAGGCACACCACACUCAAGCUUUACAACAUUGUCACCAGGUAUGGAAUGAGAUUAAAUGGCCAUCCAUUGCGUGGUCCACUUGGCCUGCAAGCUCUAAGGCUAUUGAUAUGACACACAACCCUACAUUGAGUGCCACUCCCAGUACAUCGACAUCUGACCCAUGGACUGUUGAUGCCCAGGACAACACUAGUGCCAAAGCAGAGAACCUACCAGACAGUGGUCUGCUACCUUGGUUGAUGAGCAAGGAGUUUUCUUCAAAGUUAUCAACACAUCAGGCACUGUUGAAGGUGUCACCAAGAUUCCUCAGGGGCAAGUUAUACAAGCGAUUUGUAUCAACAGCUUGCUCUGACCCCUUCUGCAGUGAGAAUGGACCCACACCUGAGGGUUGUGUCACCACAUUCUGCACAUCCAACAGUCAACCUGAGCCUGGCUCCUCCACAUAG